AUGACCUCUUCGGCAAUCAAUCGAACCUCCCAACUUGUUCGCCACCUCUCGACCAUGUCGACCGACGUACUCUCUAAGCCCGGCCUCGUCUUGCUGACAGCCGGUACGCCCAACGGACACAAGGUGUCGGUCUACCUCGAGGAGCUCGUCGAGAUCGGCGCCAUCAAGAGCUACGAGUUCAAGGCGAUCAGCUUUGCCAAGAACGAGCAGAAGGAACCUUGGUGAGUCCUCGGGUCGGGUGAUGAUUUCGACGCUAUCAUCCAGGAAGCUGGUCAUUCUCGAACCGGUAUGGGCGAGCAUGUGCGACAUCAGCUGCCGGAAGUUCCCCACUCUCUCCGGUCUCGGAAGCGACGACGAUGACUGCGAGCCGGAUCGACUCACGAAGAGUAGACUAGGGGGCCUUCAGCUGACCUUGUAGUGUUAUUGGAUGACAGGUUCCUGGAAGUGAACCCGAACGGUCGCAUCCCUGCGCUGAUCGACAACCGCGAGGGCAAGAAGCCGAUCAACGUGUGGGAGUCGGCUUCGAUCCUGCUCUACCUCGCGCGCACGUACGACACCAAAUACGAAUUUCACUUUGAGGACCCUGAUCUCCAGGCCGAGAUGAUGAACUGGAUCUUCUUCGUGUGAGUACUCGUGCCGUUCCGCUUCAUUGUCGCCGGCGCUGCCUCGCGGCUGCCGCCUCGGCGUGGGGCCGGUCCGGCUGCUUACGAAUCCGAGGAGGAUCGAUGACGUGCGAUGGGUAGUGCGCGGACGCAUACAUUCACUGACGGGUGUGUGUCGUGCAUCGAUCAACAGCCAAGGAGGUGUCGGACCUAUGCAAGGUCAAGCCAACCACUUCUUCCGCUACGGUUAGUUGGAUCGGGAUGCCAUGUCUCAUAACACCAGGAGCUAUCGACCCGUGAGAAAGUCAAUCUGACCAAGUCGUGCUGAGCCCCACAUUUACACUUUUCAGCGCCCGAGAAGGUCCCCUGUGAGUUGAUGGUCAGAAGCAACUUGGUACAUGCGAACAUACCGGAAGACUCACACGCUUGUUAACUGUCAAUAGAUGGUAUUAACCGCUACCAGAACGAGACGAAACGCUUGUACUCGGUCUACGAGAAGCAUCUCUCGGAAGGCAACGACUACCUCGUCGGCAACAAGUACAGCAUCGCCGACAUGUGCACCCAGCCCUGGUGAGCCUGUUGCGUAAUAUUCAACUCCCUCCAUGACCCGAUCUGACGCUGUCAUCUGGCCACUGUGCAGGGUUCGCUUGGGUGAAUGGGCCGGCGUCCCGCUCCCCGAGUACCCCAAACUCAACGCCUGGGUCGAACGCAUCGAGGCGCGCGCCGCUACGAACCGCGGCUACAACAUCCCCGAUGAGGACAAGAGGCCCAAGUGGAAGAACAAUCCCGAAGCCGCGGAAAAGAUGGCCAAGGAAGCCUCGAAAUGGGUCAGUGGUAUUCUUUUGAUGGCGCACGGUCCCAAAAGCUCAGAAUCGGAGCUGGAAAAAGUCUGACCGAGUCGACUUGAGUUGAUACAGAUCAUGGCUAACAACGAGAAGGGCAAGGAUGACAAGUAG